AUGACAUCGACGCUUACCACCCUCCCCCCCGAGAUCCAGAUAUUGAUCUUCUCCUACCUGCCCAAUAGCACCAUUAAGAAGCUACGCCUGACAUGCUCGGUGAUAAGAAACACCGCCCUUCUCAACGUGGAGCGAGUCUUUCUGUCCAUCCAUAAGCGAGAUAUCGAGGUAUUCUGCUGCAUAGCUAGCCAUGAGACUCUGCGUCUGCAAGUCAAAGAGCUCAUAUGGGACGACGGUGCGUUCAGCCCCGCCCCCAUCGAAGACGUGCUGGAGCGGGAAGGCCACUAUGUCGGAGCAGUCACCGGUUUGCACUAUGACAAGGUCCCCGAGGAGCGGCGCCAAAAGGGGUCGCCAACAUACUGUCCCAGGUGGUUCACGCAGGUGUGCGAUGAGAAUCUCGAGCGGCUGGCUAAAUGUGAGUAUGAGCUGCAAACUGAAGCAGGGCUGGAGGAGCGGAUGAUGGAAACUCGUCGCUUGACGCCGCCAGCGGAGUCAUGGGAAACGUAUAAGGGGUAUUUCCUGGAUCAGGCGAAAGUGAUUGCGUCUGGAGAGGAUGUGGAAGCUCUCAAGUUAGGACUGGAACGGUUUCCUGCCCUGAGGAAAGUAAGGAUUAUCCCGACAGCGCAUGAUAAGCUGUUUCUGCCUCUAUACCGGACGCCUAAUAUACGGAGCAUGCCGUAUGCGUUUAACUAUGCCAUGCCUGAAGCAUGGGUGUCCUCGCUGGAAACUACAUUCCCCAUCGACGCCAAUCUAUGGGACGAGGAGGUCGAGGAGUAUCUCAAAGACCAAUGGCGAGGAUUCCGAAUUGUUACGAAGGCUCUUGCCGAACAGGCUGGCAAACACAGCGUCUCGGAGCUGAUCGUCGAUCCAUGCAGCCACAAGACGGGCAUCAACUACCACAUCUUCAACGGUCCCUGUCGAGAACUGUCCGACUUUACCACGAUACUGGAACAGCCCGGCUUCAAACGCCUUGAUCUCCCUCUUUUCGUCGGCGGGAGGGACGACUCCGUCUGGCCACCGUUCAAGGACAGCCAUUACCACUCUGCCUUGUCCAGAUGCGCUGAUCUGGAGCACUUCUCGUUCCGCACUGAUAGAGGCAUAUUUGCAACCGAGAACCUGUCGAUGGAACAUUUCACUUCUCUUCUGUCUCUCUUCCCCAUAGACAAGUGGUCGAAACUGCGACAUUUUACCCUCUCGAGCAUCCCCGUGGUUCAGUCUGAUAUCCUCGACUUGCUUGCCGCGAUGCCAUCAACGCUUCGGACCGUCGAACUAAGCCAGUUGCUCUUCAUCAGUGACAGGGAGAACUAUAGGUCCCUGCUGACCGGCAUGCGUGAUACGCUUGACUGGAAGCAGAGAGCCGUCGAGGACCGGCCACAGGUCACUUUCUGGGUCAAGAAGCCGUCCGCCAUGCUGAAUGCGUACAUGGAGCAGGCCGUGAACAGGUAUCUCUAUGAUGAUGGAGAGAAUCCGAUGCAGGUUGGGCCUGGCAGGGAGGUGUAUUUCUCUGGGUAG